AUGGCAAUGAUUAAUUUUAACGAUUUUACCACUUCAGCUGUUGAAUUGUCCGAAAUGGUUAUUGAAUAUAGCGAAAAUGAAUUCAGGGAAUUCAACGAAGAAAUGGAAACAGAAAGUACUGAAAUGCUUCACUACGACACCUUUUUAUUAUAUGCACGAAGCGAGAAUUCAUCAGAUAGGAAAAUUGCAAUCCGUGACCUGGUGAAAUUGUCACGAACGCUGAACAUCGAAAAAGAGCAACGGCAGAUUGAAGUUGUCUUUAAUCUGAUUGAAAAUAUCUUUGCUAAAGAAACAGAUAGUAAAAUAUGUGGUAUGUUAGUGGAGCAGAUUCCUUUAUUAUAUGUUGAAUUUAUGGCAAUAGAACACCUGCUGAAAAGGGUUCAUAAAGUAUUCCCAGAAUUACUAGCAAGUGCUUUGGAUCAUUCUGCGGAUGAUGUACGUAAAUCGGCAAUUGGUGCUAUUGAUACUUUGGUUGAGCAACGUAUACUGCCGCAAGGAAGCUUACAAAAUGUGAUUUGCCCUACAUUGUUUGGGCAUUGCUAUUGCCCAUCAGAUUAUUCGCAUUACAUUACCGAUGAUCAACGAGUGGAUUCGUUAAUGCUUCUCUGCAAAAUUGUCACAUGGCCAGGAGCAUUAACGAAGAGAUGGAUUUUCGAAAAUUUUCUCGGCAGAUAUAGCAUACUGUUACAAGAUACAGCAUUUCAUAUCCGAAAAACAUGUGUAACAAUAUUAGGAAAAUUGGCGGCAAUGUUUGGAAGGAAUUUCACCGAGAAGUUUGCGGUACCAUUUUUAAUAGCAUCAAGUGAAGAUCUAGCAUGGGGUGUACGAAAAUCAUCAUGUGAAGUGUUUGUUGAAGUUGCAAAUUAUUGCACAAUGGAAACAAAAGAACAUAAACUUGCGCCACAUUUUAUUAUUUUACUUCAUGAUUCUUCACGAUGGGUAACACAUGUAGCAUUCCAACAACUUGGUCGCUUUAUUGCAACAUUUGCGGAUGAAAAUCGUAUGAGCCUUGAAAUAAAGGAUGGUCGAUUGGUCACUGCAAAUUAUGAUAUAAUGGAAGAUGAUAAAAGUAUGCGAAAUAACUGCAAAAGUAAUGGGAUAAUUAUCGAAGAUGAUGAAAAUGAACUAUACUCUCAGCUACCUCCAGGUGUUGUAUUUCCGGAAUCGGAUACAGGUGCUGAGUUAGGCGAAUCUUCAUCUUUAUUAUCACCUGAAGAUCAGGAUCAAAGUUAUGUUUUAAAUGAAUUAACCUGUUUUUUGGAAUCAUGGAGUUCAUGGCCUAUGUCAGAUGAACCUAUUGCUUCAAAUAACAUGCUGAUUUUCGAUUCUAUGGAUUUGGAUGUUGAAAAUGGUGUUGCGGCAUCAUGUUCAACACAUUCAGACUUAACAAAAUUGAUGUUUGAUGAUAAUGAUGAUAGUAGUGGUGAAGAUGAUGAUGGCAUUGAUGAUAUGGAAGAAGAGUCAUGUCCGAUGGAUAUUGAGGAUGAUGAUAUAGAAAUUUGUUUUGAAGAACCAUCACAAAUGGAUAUUAACGAUGAUAUGGAUGCUUACUGUCCUCUGAUAUAUUGGUCAUCAGGUUCUGUUGACAUUGAUUUAAAAUCAUACAGGGACAAUGCAAUCACCAAUCAUAAUAGCAACAGUAACAGCAGCAAUAAUAAUAAUAAUAAUAAAGAUAAUAAUAAUGUAAAGAAACUGGUAGCUGAAUUUAUUCAACGACGUUCAAAUUUAUUUUACAAUUCAUCAGAACACAAUGAGAAUGAUGCAAAAAAUGUAAUUUGUAAAUACUCGGAAAAUGAUAAUAUUAUGGAAGAGGAUUCAAAUGAAUCAGUUAUAACAUCAAAUGAAAUAAGUAAAACUGCUACUGCUGUUUUACUUGAAACAGAUCCAUCAACUGAUUCUGUUGAAGAUAAAGAAAAUGAACAAACAACAUCAUCAGCUAUCAAUAUUGGAACUCAAAUGGUUAUACCACAAGCUUUGCUAGAUAGUUUCGUACAUAUGGCUUCACAGUGUAAUAAUACAGAUAGUGAAAUAAAUCAGCAAUGUGCUCAUAAUUUCCCUGCUGUUGCUUUUACUCUUGGUCGUACUAAUUGGCCAUGUAUUAUGGGUACUUAUAAACAGUUAUCAACAGAUAUGGAACGGCGUGUUCGGUAUACGUUAGCAACAUCAAUUCACGAAAUCGCAGCAAUUAUUGGGGAAGAAAAUGCAGGUAUUCAUUUGGUACCUAUAUUUGAACGAUUUGUGGAAGAUGUGGAAGAUGUGAAAAUUGGAUUAUUAAAUCAUUUGUAUGAUUUUUUUAAAUUAGUAACACCUGAUACAAGGCAAAAGUUGUUAUCGGUAUUACCAAAUUUUUUACAUUCCGGUGCUGAUAAUGGACGUAAUUGGAGGUACAGAUAUAAAUACGUUAGACAAUGUAUUCUUCUAUGUGAUCUCUUUACUGUGCAUGACAUUAAUGAAUAUUUGGCUGCUAUAGCUUUAACCUUAGCUAAUGAUAGGAUAUCAGAUGUACGUAAAGAGGCAACUAUAUUAUUAGCAAAAAUAUUGGGAAAAUUUGUUAAUGAAGAAUGGAUUUCGGAUUAUACUAACUCCUAUCGAACUAAUAUGUCAACUACUGAUUCAUUUAUUAGUGAUAUUGUGAAGGGAUUUGCUCGAUCAAUGAAUUGGCGACGAAGACAAACAUUUGCUGUAUUUUGUGAAAAAAUUCUGGAAAAUGAAAUAUUAAACUACAAUCAAUUUUCAUUAUUGCUAUUAAAUGAUUUAAUGAGGCUAGCAGGAGAUUCAGUAGCAAAUGUACGCUUAGCAUUCGUACGGUCUCUAUCAAAAACACGUGGUGGUUACGCUUUUCAUGGCUCAUGUGACUCAUCAAUUGUACGUCAUAGUCUUGAAACGUUACUUUCCGACAGAGAUGUGGACUGUAGACGAGCUGCUCGAAUUUCACUUGGAAUUCCGGAUACUGAAAAUGCAGUUAAUGUGAAAAAUUACGCUCAACGACUACGUGAAAUGAAAGAAAUUAUUUCAGCUAAAUAUCAUAUCAACUAA